AUGCCUCGUUUUUCUCGUACAGGUGAAUUAAUUUUCGACCCCGAGGUAGAGAAGAUUGCGUGUAGAACAAGAAAAGAGACCAGACAGUUCAGAGAGGUGCACUCAAGUGCUUCAUCUCAGAGACCUGAGUCAGAAGUUGAACCAGCAGAUUCGUUUGGUGACACUUCGAGUGACUCGGUGCAAGAAGAAGUCCUUAUGGCUAAUGCACGAACAUUAAUGGAGUUGGCUGCUCCUGAUUUAACUCAGCAGCCUUUAUGCAUUACUUUCCCGAGUUUGAGUGAUAACACUUCAUUUGAAUUGAAAUCGGGUCUAAUUCAUCUUUUACCUUCUUUUCAUGGUUUAUUAGGUGAGGAGCCGUAUAAACAUCUGCAGGAGUUUGAUGUCGUGUGCAAUAGUAUGAAACCCCCGGAAAUCACAGAAGAGCAAAUAAAAAUGAGGGCAUUCCCCUUCUCCCUGAAGAAUUCAACAAAAGACUGGUUGUACUACCUACCACCAGGUAGUAUCACCACAGACAGGAGUAUCAUUGAUGCUGCGAAUGGAGAGGCACUGGUGAACAAGACCCCUCGAGCAGCAUGGGAGCUAAUUGAAGGAAUGACGGAGAAUUCGCAGCAAUUUGGUACGAGGGAGGAUGUCCCGAUGCGCAAGGUGAAUGAAGUAGAGACAUCCUCUAUCCAGCAGCAGUUGACGGAGUUAACCUCGUUUGUUAGGCAACUGGCUGUAGGGAAUGCAUCUCAGGCCAAGGUGUGUGGGGUUUGCACUGGUAUGGGUCAUUCAACAGACAUGUGCCCAAUGAUCCAAGAAAAAAGUAUGGAGCAAGUGAACAUAGCUGGUCACGCGCCCGCGCCAAGAGAUCAAUAUGACCCAUAUUCGAACACCUACAAUCCUGGUUGGAGGGACCAUCCCAUCUUCAGUUAUGGAGGAAAUAGGCAGUCCAAUUUUAUGCCAAGUAGACAACAAGAGUACCAGCAGCAGUAUCAAUUUCGACCUCCACCACCUCCAUCGAGCGCCAGUCCAUCUUUAGAAGAUAUGAUGAAACAAUUGAUGGCUAAACGUAAGUGCAAUGACUUUAAGAAGCGGGAAGGAAAUUCAGGGGCCGAACUUGUGACUCCAAAGGAUAAGGACGAAGAGAAGAUUGAGAAAGAACUUCAGGCAGAGAAUACAAGCACCAAAAAUCCAGUGGUACUCCCUGACCCGAUCAUAGACGUUAAAACUAAUCCCCCUCUAUUUCCUUGCAGGUUGGAGAAAUCGAAGAAGCAGGACAAGGAGAAAGAGAUCCUGGAGGUGUUCCGCAAGGUAGAGAUUAAUAUUCCUUUAUUAGAUGCCAUCAAACAAGUGCCGAAGUUUGCAAAAUUUUUGAGGGACCUAUGUGUCAAUCGAAAGCUGCUGAGGGGAGACGAAAGGAUCAUUGUUGGGGAGAAUGUGUCAGCAGUUCUCCAAAGGAACCUUCCAUCAAAGUGCGGGGAUCCAGGUAGGUUUACUGUCCCAUGUAGGAUAGAUAACACUUUAAUUAGGAAUACCCUACUGGACUUAGGAGCAUCGAUCAACGUAAUGCCUAAAUCUAUAUAUGUUUCUCUGAACCUCGGUCCAUUAAAAGAAACCGAGAUAAUAAUUCAAUUAGCUGACCGAACAAAUGCAUACGUUGAUGGGUUGGUCGAGGAUGUGUUGGUUAAAGUUAAUGAAUUGAUAUUUCCGGCUGACUUUUAUUUACUUGACAUGGAUGAUGAUCAUUCCUCUGACCUCUCACCUUCGCUACUAGGUAGACCCUUUUUUAGUGCAACAAAGACAAAAAUUGACGUUAAUAAGGGUACAUUGUCCAUGAAAUUUGUUGGAGAACUAGUCCACUUUAAUAUUUUUGAUACAAUGGAACAUCCUGUUAACUCUCACCCUGUGUUUGCUAUUCAUGCUAUUAAUCUCUCUGUGCAAGAAUUUUCUGAGUUUGCUUAUAGGGACAAAUUCAAAUUUACUGAGAACAAGUAUAAGGGGAUGGAAACACUGUAUGAGGUGAAAAGGAGUAGGAAAUUAAGAAAGAAGGCUGCACUCAAAGGCUAUUUGGAUCCUGGAGGAGGGCCACCGAUUUUCAGGAAAAUUGAGUUACACCCAGAUUGA